AUGAAACUAGUCAAGAUAUGUGGCGUGAAAACCAUAGAAGCGGCAGAAACAGCCAUGCUCAGCGGAGCAGACCUCAUAGGAUGCAUCCUCGUCCCCAACAAAUCGCGCACCUGCGAUAUUGAAACCGCUAAACAAAUAGCCCAGUACAUAAAACAAGGUCGCCCUCAAUCCAUAUCGCAGAUCAUGACCCGUUUACAACUGAAACGAGACACAUUCACAUCACCAGUUGACUACUUUGAGUACGUUCAAAAACUCAUACUUGACAACGGACCAUUCUUGGUUGGAGUGUUCCAGAACCAAUCACGAGAUGAAGUUUUGAGUAUAGCCAGACGCAUCGGUUUAGAUUUCAUACAAUUACACGGAUCAGAACCCAAACUCGACUUCGUGAAUGAUGAAUUCGGACUUGUGUUUCGAUACGUUGUGCCUCGCGAUACUGAACUUAUGCGUGAGCAUGGUUUGCACAUGAUGCGAAAUGGCGUGUUGGGGUUGCCUUUGCUCGAUUCGGAACAAGGUGGCGAGGGGAAAGUUAUUGAUUGGGAUUAUGUAAGUGGGAGUUUGCCGUUUACGAGGGCGAUAUUGGCCGGCGGGUUGACACCAGAUAAUAUUCGUGAGACUAUGGAUGUCAAGAAUGUUAUUGGAUUUGAUGUGAGUGGCGGGGUUGAAACUGAUGGUAAAAAGGAUUUGACCAAAAUUGCAAAAUUCGUCAAUGGUGGAAAGAGUAUAUACUAA